GAGGCACGGCGUUCAACGCGGUGGCGGAGGAGCUGCACGAGUGGACCACCGCUGUGGCGCACGUGCUGCCCGUCUCCGAUGAUGGCGGCAGCACCGCAGAGAUCGUGCGAGUCAUAGGUGGGCCUGCCAUCGGUGACAUUCGCUCGCGCUGCCUGCGCCUGUCCGACGGGUCUAGCCACGAGUCCAGAGCAGUGCGGCGACUGCUGGGACACCGCCUGCCACUGCACCCCGCGCAAGCCAAGGCAGAAUGGCUGAGCAUAGUGGAGGGCGAGCAUGAGCUGUGGGGCGGCGUGUCGGAUCCGUACAAGGAGAUCAUCCGGGCCUUCCUCCUGCACUUCCACUACCAGAUCCUCCGCAAUGCAGGCCAUCGCUUCUGCUUCCAGCAUGGGAGUGUGGGCAACUUCUUCUUCUCAGGCGCGCGCUCCUUCUUCCGCUCGCUGGACGCCGCCAUCUUCCUCUUCUCCCGCGUCUCCAACAUCCCACAGCGCAGCCUCGUGCUGCCCUGUGUCUGCACCAACGACCGCUUCACUCUCGGCGCCGAGCUCUUUGACGGCAGCAUCAUCCGCGGGCAGAACUGCAUCUCACACCCCGCUGUCGUAGACAGCCCCCGCCACCUGCCGCUCUCCGUCGACAAGUCGUCUGACGCGUCGCCUCCUCUGCCCGCGCCCAUCCGCCGUGUGUUCUACAUGUCAAGUGAAGGCACCAACCUGCUGCAUGAGGUGUUCCCUCGUGUGAAUCCACGAGUGCUGGAGCACAUCGCAUCAGUGGAUGCCAUCAUCUAUGGCAUUGGCUCCCUCUUCACCUCCAUCUGCCCCUCCCUGAUCUUGCGAGGGGUGGGAGAAGCAAUCGCUGCACGAGCAUGUCCCAAGGUGCUAGUGCUGAACGGGUCGUUGGACCGUGAGACAGCGGGCAUGGCGGCGUCAGACUUCGUGCUCGCCAUCUGCAACUGCCUCAACCGCACCUUCGGAGACGACUCCCGCCACCGCCUCACCCACUCGUCGAUGCACUAUGUGACGCAUCUCAUUGCACCAGAGGGAGGAGCCAUUCCCCUUGACCAUGAACGCCUCACAUACUUGGGAGUCACCUCUGUGACUAUGGUGCCCUCACUUCCCUGUGAAAGCAGUACGGGAGUGCAUUAUGAUGUGCAUGCGCUUGUCACAACAUUGAAGGACCUCCUUACUAAACAGAUGGCCAGCCAAGUAACCACCUGA